AUGUCCAGACUCGUUCACCUGAGGGCGGAUCCCCCAUCUCGAGGUAUCCGCAACAACACCUUGUUGUUGUUGGCUCCAAAACCUGUUGGCGAAAGUGGAGCACGGAAGCAGGUCGACCUCGGGGGGCCCGGGGCCCUAAUCUUCACCUUCCCACGUCCACUCCUUGUCAUUGAAUGGUGACUCAGUAAGCGUCGUUUCCAUGUUAUUGAGGUUUCGUUGACGCGAUUUGUUACCUAAUUUGGUCCAAAAAGAACUCUCGGUAUCGAAAGGUCUGGGGGUGCUCAUAGCUUUGGCUCUUGAAUAGGCGUUGUGUUAACUCGUGUUAUUCUACAUAUUAUUAUCGUUCUACACCUCAAUAAUCAUUUAUACUUCAAUAGCUGUCUUAUGUCUUGUUUUCAUAAUGUCGUUUUGUGACCACGUCGCUACCGUAACCCUGAUGUCCGACGAGAAAAGCAGCAAAGUCGGACAUUCUCUUCAGGAAGAGGGCUUUAUCCUGAUUCAACAAAGAGAAAAAAGCUCGAACGCCUCGGGUUACUCGGCGGAGGGAUGAGGGAACUUGGAGGCGGUCCCUCACCGUGGCGGCUUCAUACCAUUGCUGAGAUGGGCCUCUUGAGUUAAGGGGUGAUCGGAGAACGGUCAUCCGCCCGAGUUAAAGGUUUAUUAUGUCAUUGCUUUUUGUUGUACUACUUUUACGAUAGGUUACCGUGUUUUUACAUUUAGAUACUGUACUUUUCACAUUUGAAAUUUUAAUAACGUGAUUUACCGUGUCUUAAAGUUCUUUUACCUUCCUUAAUGUAUAAAUGUUUAGAAAAAUGAACCAGCCCAACCUGGAUCAUUCUCAAAUGGAGAUCUUGUUCAAGAUUCUGGCGGCCCGGCCAUUCGCCAACUUAAAUCCCUUGGCCUUGAAAGACUUUAACGUUGGCCGACAAAACUUGCCCUUCAACUGUUCAUCUCCAUUCCUAAACCCACUACCGUUAAAUCUACCGAUCUCAGCUGCCACUUCAUCUACUCCGAUCUCAAACUUCACCCCCAAGAUCAAACGACGGAUCAGGAACUCAGGCCCGGCCAACAAAACGGCCGAAGUUUGGAAGUUUUUCACGGAAGUCGCGGAUCGUCAAGCUGCAACUUGCAACAUUUGCACCAAGGAAAUCAAGGCUACGAACAGCAGGUACGGUCGAUUUUACAGUCGUUUUUAAUUUUUUUGCUUUUUACGCUUGAAUUUAUUCAAGUUUAUAUUUUUCUUAUAUUAACUUGAUUUUGAAAUUUGAAACACAAUAAUUAAUAUUAAUCAUCUUCAGUACGACUGGAAUGAUCAGGCAUCUAAAGAGUUGUCAUCGCAAAGAACAUGUCAUCCUUCAAGAAGCUCGAGAUCGUCAGUCUCAAUUGAAGCUCAACAACAGCCAGAAGUUCACGGUGCAGUCGCCUUCAGAUGAACUCCUACUCGACCAGUCGGAGAACUGUACGAAGCAGAUCCAGGAGAUUCUGAAGACCAAGUUUGAGCAUUCGUCGUCGUUUUCACCUUCAUCUACUGCUUCCAGUGCCAACGCUACAGUAGCCAGUUCAACGUCAUUCGUCAAAGAGUCCAUACCUAAUGAUUCUGGCCUAGAUCUGAGUGAAACCAGGUCAGAAGACCAAAGUUCGGUGUGUGCAUCGACUGCCAACUCCGAGCUCUUCAGCUUUAACAUGGGAGAGUAUACGAAGCAAUUGCUACAGAAGAACGAUGACAACGCCAAGGUGUUGUUUGAGAGUUCUGAAGCCAUCAAAGAAGAGGAAAUCGAGAAUGAAGUCAAAGACGAGAUCCAUGAAGCAGAACCUGAAGUCAAGAAGGAGCAGGGCGAAGAGUUCAGGACGCUCACUAAUCAUGUAAGUUUACAUCUAUCAGUCUUUCCAAAAAGAAUGUACUUGCCCUAGUGAUAUUAUUUUCUGGAACAACCAGUAUGAUAUUUUUAUUUUUUAAAAAAAAUUUAAUCAUAAUGUUAAUUUUGGUACUCUUAUGAAAGUUUCUUAUUUAACGUUUAUAGAUUGCCAUGAUGAUUGUUAUCGGAAAGCUGCCAGAGAAAAUCGUCGAAAACCAAGCCUUCCGAGCCUUGAUUUCAUACCUAAAGCCAGAAUACGUGAUGCCAACGCUUCUGGAGUUCCAAGAAAAGUUCUUGCCGGUUUUGAGAAACUAUGUCGAGAAGUUCUACGCCAACAAGUAAGUCCUACCUACAGUUAUGUGAACUUUUGCCAGUAAUAUUUUAUUAUCAGCAAAAUAACUGAUAUUCUAAAUACUUUUUGACCGAGUUCUCUUUUUAAAAAAUCAUUUUUUUAUAUACUAAAUGAUUUUAAAUUUCAGUCAAACUGUCAACUGGCCAAUCUCACCGUCGACUACAGUGGAAAGCGGCUUCGAAGAGUUUGAGAAUUCAGAAGCCGUCGCCGCUCAGAAUCGCUCCCUCAACAUGUCGUUCUUCAGCCCGCCAAUCACGAGGCCCAAGAAGGAGGACGACGCCUCAUCUUCAGUAGAAUCUUUCCAUUGUAUCUGA